AUGGAGAAAAUCUUCAUCCUUGGUGGCAGAGAACAGAGCAGAUAUGAAGUUCUAAUUCCACCAUCGUCUUCUGAUUUCAUCCAAAAAUUAACCCAAAUCAAGUUUCUUUUGGGUUUAAAGUCGUCCCACCGGAUAUCUGCAUCUGGAUCUGUGGGCGGUGACAGGUGGUCGGAGACAACAACAUUGAUGGGUGUUGAAAAGAAUAUCACCGGUGGUGGUCAGGACUCCCACCACAACAACGACGGCGAGUAG